AUGUGGAAAACGAUAAAUAUGGAGGAGGAUGAGGAGGAGGACGAUCGCGCCGGGUCCCCGGGGAUGACGACCUCCAAUAUACUUGUGAUAGGCCUACUUCUAGUCUUAGUAAACGUUUAUGGAACAUUAGGUAAAAAAAAAAACAACAGUUUGCUUCGUACAAUCAUUCCACUAACAAUUUCGCCUCGAACAGCUCGAAUAGCCUUCGAAAAAAUCACCGAUUUCGACUACCGCGGCAACACCUACUACACCGUGAAGAACCUCACCCUAUUCGAGUGCCAGGGCUGGUGUCGCGAGGAGUCCGAAUGCCAGGCGGCCGCCUUCAGCUUCGUCCUCAACCCUCUCAUACCCGUCCAAGAAACGCUCUGCCAGCUGCAGAACGAAACCUCCUCCAACAACCCGUCGGCCACCGCCCAGCGCGCCGCCAACAUGUACUACAUGACCAAGCUGCAGCUGCGCUCCGAGAACAUCUGCCUGCGCCCGUGGGCCUUCGAGCGCGUCCCCAACAAGAUGAUCCGCGGAUUGGACAACGCGCUCAUCUACACCUCCACCAAGGAGGCCUGUCUAGCCGCCUGUCUCAACGAGCACCGGUUCACCUGCAGAUCAGCAGAAUACAACUAUGUAACUCUCCAAUGUCAAUUGAGCGACACCGAUCGUAGAACAGCCGGGCAAUUCGUCCAAUUCGUCGACGCCCAGGGCGUCGAUUACUUCGAGAACCUCUGCCUGAAGGGCAACCAAGCCUGCAAAGGAAACCGUAAUUACCUGGUGCCCAGGAUCGGAGUGGCCGACGACAAGGUCGCCCAAUACGCCACGUUGCAUUACUACACCGAUAAGGAGUUGCAGGUGACCAGCGAGGCGGCCUGCAGGCUGGCCUGCGAGAUCGAGAACGAGUUCCUCUGCAGAUCGUUCUUGUACAAAGGACCGCCGCAAGGUAACCAAUACAAUUGCCAGCUCUUCCAUUUGGACCACAAGACUCUGCCGGACGGGCCGAGUACUUAUUUGAACGCCGAAAGACCUCUGAUCGAUAACGGGGAAAGGAUUGGAUUGUACUACGAGAAUCAAUGCGAAAAAUCUCCUGUAUCCGGUAGCACCCCCGACAACACUUUACCUGUAGUCUUCGAAACCACCGAAGAUUCCACGUUGAACAACCUGACGAGGACCGACGUGAAUUGCGACAAAACCGGCACCUGUUACGACGUAUCGGUGAAUUGCAAAGACACCAAGAUCGCCGUCCAAGUUCGAACUAAUAAGCCUUUCAACGGGAGGAUUUACGCCCUCGGCAGAUCGGAGACGUGCAACGUCGACGUCGCCAACAGCGAUCUCUUCAGAUUGGACUUGACCAUGACCGGACAGGACUGUAAUACGCAAUCGGUGACGGGCGUAUACAGUAACACGGUUGUUCUCCAACAUCACAGCGUCGUCAUGACGAAGGCCGAUAAAAUCUACAAAGUGAAGUGCACCUACGACAUGUCCUCCAAGAACAUUACCUUCGGAAUGAUGCCGAUCAGAGAUCCAGAGAUGAUCAGCAUCACGUCCGCUCCGGAGGCGCCUCCGCCGAGGAUCAGGAUCCUGGAUAGCAGAUUGCGCGAGGUGGAGACCGUCAGGAUCGGCGACAAGCUCACCUUCAGGAUCGAAAUACCGGAAGACACUCCCUACGGCAUAUUCGCUAGAAGCUGCGUCGCCAUGGCGAAGGACUCGAAGAGCACGUUCCAGAUUAUCGAUGAUGAUGGUUGUCCUGUCGAUGCAACUAUUUUCCCAGCCUUUACUCCAGAUGGUACUGCAUUGCAAUCUGUAUACGAAGCAUUCAGGUUUACUGAAUCCUACGGGGUGAUUUUCCAGUGUAACGUGAAGUAUUGUUUGGGACCUUGCGAACCGGCUGUUUGCGAAUGGGGAAGGGAGUCGAUAGAAUCGUGGGGGAGGAAACGCAGAAGCGUGGGGAAUCAAACGGACGAGGAAAAAGAGGAGGAUAUGACGUUGAGUCAGGAGAUUUUGGUGUUGGAUUUCGGCGAUGAUAAACAAUCGGAGUUCCUCAAAAGCGAUUUGUCCAGCACCGAUUUCGGUAAAGAUAAAACGGUGACCAUCAUCGAACCGUGCCCGACGAAAACCUCAGUAUUAGCUUUAGGUGUAACGUGUGCCUUAUUAGUUUUAUUGUACAUCAGCACGUUGUUCUGUUACUACAUGAAAAAGUGGUUGAAUCCCGGCAAACAUGUCGCCUGAAUUUCGCCUCGACAGGACUCUUUGGUGCUGAGAGAAGGAUAACGAAAACAAAUUAUAUAUAAAUAUGUAUUUUCCAAUACCGAAUCGAUAUUUAACGAAAAUGUACGAGGGGCGAGAGGAAACCUUUUGCCCGGCCCUCGUAUAUUAACGCGGCGACGGGAUCAUCCCAGGAUUAUACAUCUUGCUCUAUUUCUGAUUGCAAUAUGGUCAUUUCUAUGAGUGGAACGAAGAGAGAUUAUUUAAAUGACAGUUGUUAGAGUGAAAAGUUGCAAUCACACAAAUCAGUCACUCUUUCCUUUUCCUUUGUAAGUGUCUAAUGGAAGAUUGUUUAAAUGACAGCUGUCAGAGUGAAAAGUUGCAAUCACACAAAUCAGUCACUCUUUCCUUUUCCUUUGUAAGUGUCUAAUGGAAGAUUGUUAAAAUGACAGUUGUCGGCUGUCAGAGUGUCUAAUUGAAGUUGUCUUUGUUGCACCCAUAGCUUAUGUUGCAAUGAAAAAUGGAGCAAUCUGUAUACGAUUACGGUUAAAUGUAGCGCGCAAUAAUUUUGUUUUUUAUUAUUUUUUUUUUUGUCGUUUAGGUAACUGAAAUUUGGGGUCCGGUGGAGGUCUGGUGGUGGGUCAGCUUCGUGAAUCUGUGAUGUACAGGGUCGCUCAAAAAUCCAAUUGACGGGUGGAAGUGCAAUACGCUAUUUUUGAGUCGCCUCGUAUAAAGACUGCUCGAUUUUGCCGUCGCAAAUGUCGUUUUCGCUAUCGAAAGAAAACUCUACUUUGAUUAAUUUUUCGUUUGGUAAUUAAAACUUUAAAGUGCUGCGGUUUAUUUUUACAAAUUUAAUGUAAUUUAUUGGAAACGAAUAUAUUGCGACGGUAAAAUAAAAUUAUCCUAUUUAAUUUCCUUUUUACGUUGUCGUUUCUUGUGAUCAUGUUUUUUUAUUAGUUUAUUUAUUCUUUUAUUUAUUGAUUAUUAGGAAUUUCGUGUACAUACCUGAAAACCUCUUGAGGAAUUUAAUUUAAACAAGCCUUUUAUUUAAACGAAAUAAAUACUCAAUUACUUUUUAUAAUCCACUCGUUUUUAUUCUAAAUCACACAUUAAACCCUUUCAAUUCUUCCCUUUUAAUUGCACUGUCACCAGUACAUAAGCCGUAGCGACAUUGAGCAUAUUCAGGACGACUUCCCUUCGGAUUUCGAAGAAAUUCCCCGCCGAGAAUUUUGGAUCGCUCGCCAGAAGCUCCAGAACGUCCGAUAUAUCCUGUUGGGAAUCGAUCGACCAAUCAUCCAGGCUUUUCAAGUACAAUUCGAAGCAGCUUCUCCUCGUCUCGGCCAGUUCUUUAGCGACGGAAUCGCAGGAGAAUAUCGUGUAGACGCUGCAAAACUGAUUUC